UUACUCUGGUUUCCCUUCAAAAUACGCAUAAAUCUUUCGCCUUUUACUAAAGAUUUCCGUGGAGGGGAACACUUGAUGAGUCUAAAGACCAAUUUUUUGUGUGCCCGGCGCAAGCUGGGUCGUAAUAAAUAUUCAAACAUAAGUUGGGUAAUAUUUAUCCAAAAGCUAUAAACGGGUACAGUAAAACGUUGGAUCCGUUUUGGAAAAUACCAACCUUCUACUGCAUUUCUCUUGUAAUGAAUUAUUCGAGUAUGACGUUUUUCACGAGCGUGAUGAAUAAUACGACUAGGAAAAAGAAUCCUCCGUGGUACUAAAGUUAAAGCCAUAGAGUAUGUUCCGUUCGUGUAAGACGUUAGCAGAGUGGCGUUAAAAAAUCUUUUCGCUUCCGUAAUUCAUCUGAAGCCCGCGCUUUAAUGGCGCAUUUAAUCCCCGGUAUAAGAAUCUCGCCGUGUUUUCAUUUUAUUUUUAACUCUCGCCACACCGCAAGAAGAAGCGUGGGAGGCAGGGAGCUUGUACCAUAGGCUUGUACCCCAGCGAACCCUCCUCUUCUUCUUCUUCUUCUUCUUCUUCGUCUUACUCCCCCACCAAGAUUGUAGACUUCAGAAUUGAGUCAGUCAGACAGCAACCGUCCUGCGUAUCGGUAUAAAGGCGGUUCAACAUUGUUCCUUAAAUCCAUCACUAACCACACAAUUUUAACAACCAUGGCUAGCCCCGUAUCCAACGUCCAUCGUUAUCUUAGUGCAAGACCGUGCUAUGUAAAUUCAUAAAAACCAUAAAAAUUGUAUAAAUCAGUAAAUGAAACAAUAAAAAUCAGGAGUCCCAUCUCCACGUGGGAAUCUACUAAAUUCCUUUUAUUAAAAGAACCCUAAUUUAAAUACGAAAGUUCGUUAAUGAGGGCCAAGCAACAACCACCGAUCGAUCUGAUCGAUCUAGUGAAGAGCUCGAAGAUCGAGUCACUUACUAGAUGCUGCGGCAGAACAACCGGUAUGGAUAGCGAAUCUUCCCGAGAAGCUGGAAGUCGCGUCUCGAAGGAGACGUUCAUCUUUGGCAGUUGGAAGCGUAGAAGCAAGAGACGAGCAGCUGUCACUGUCGCUGUCAGACCAGUUUCCAUGGACAACGACGAGACUGAAAGUAGAAAUAACAACCGAUCCAAAGCGCUGCCACAGAGUCAGAGGAGCUCAACUUAUUAUCCGUCCUCGUGCACGUCGUCGUUCAAUCCCGAGUGCCAGAUACACGAUAUGACUGAUCCACUCGGAGAUGAAAAACGUGAUGAACGUUUAAUCCAGGAGCAGGAAGACGAUUAUGACGAAGUCGACGACGAUUUUUGGUGUCCACGUUGUGCCAGGAAAAUGCAGGAGCCAAGACUUCUGCCCUGUCUCCAUCCAAUUUGUACUCCUUGCGUGGAGGAAUUGCUUGAUAGAGCAUCCUGCGCAUCGCGUGGUACGGACGCGAAGAAUAACCGACCUGGACAAUUGUCUGGGUAUAGAGAAGGAUGUACCAUGUGUGAUCAUCCUAUUUUGAGUCCUGGUGCUUCCGUACCGCCACCUCAUUAUCCGCUUCAACACAGACUCGUUAUGGAUGCUGUGAGACGACGAUUGGCUCAUCGAGUUCUGUGCUGUGAUGUCUGCCCUGAAGAAGUCCAGGCCUCGGUGCACUGUCCGAGGUGUCUUAGGAACUUCUGCUCAGACUGCGGCACAGAGCAUCAGGAACAGGAGCUGGGUGUGGGCCUGGAGAUGGCGCACGAAGUCAGACCUCUCUGGGAGGCCAAGAGGAUCCGCAGGACUGCAUUGUGUCUGACCCAUCCUUCCCACGCACUACGAUUUCAUUGUAUUGCUUGUCAGCAGGUGACCUGUAGAGAAUGCAUGUGGCGUGGAUCCCACAGAGGUCACGCGAGCGAAGGGGCAUCAGGAGCGGGUCGAAGAGCAGCGACCUUGAUGACAGCUGCACUUCAGAGGGCCAGGACUCUCUUGAAUUCGUUGCUCACUGAGUAUAAUGAACACGUAUUCGAUAACAGCGACGGACAGGACAGGCCUAGAAGCGCUUACGAAUUUGAGAAUGGAAGAUGCACGGAGGCCCACGAGUUGAAAGUCUUCCAUUCUCGAAGUCGCUCCACCAUGUCCUCUCAUAGAAAACAGGCACGUGAGAGAAUCCAAGAAUUUGCCAGGUUACAAAGAGCCAGAUAUCUUCUGGACGCCAUUUCCCUCGGAGAGGAGUUACUUGCGGAUGGCUCUGAAGUUGAAAUUCUUAGCCUCAGUAGAAUCGUCCUCAGGAGACUGAAGACCCUGGGCGUAAAACCAAUAUUGAGCGAGAGAAAUGAAGUCAUCGAUAGCUCCAAGACCAUCCUCAAGACAGUGCACACCGGUGUCUACCAUUGCUGUACAUUUUGUUCCAGCGGAGGAAGAAAAGAGGCUACUUGUGCCUGCGGAGGAAGGAUGCCAGGUGGCUACAAGGGCUGUGGUCAUGGACACCCAGGUCACCCAGGUGCAAAUCAUUGGUCCUGUUGUGGCUCGACUCAAUGGCAGAGUUGUUGUUUGGUACCUCGAAAAUGCACUUAUCAAUUAUUACUAUGACUUGUAAAUACAAUACAAAUACCAACGAUACAAUUAUAUACAAUAUGACACACAAUAAACAUAAUUUCCAUUUUGAAAAA